CCCCCCCUUUCUCUUCCAUCUCUCACCCCCAAUCCAAUCCCUCUCCUUAAAAACUAGGGUUUCCCCUUUCUCUCUCUUCCCCAAUUUUGGAGGACUGAAAACCAGAACCCCCAUAAUCGGAGGGCUCGUUGGGGUCGGGUUUUUUUGUAAGGGGCUGUGGUUUUUGAGGUUAGGGCUUUUGAGAGAUGUGGGAUGCUUCAGGCAUUGAUGAAUUUUCUCUCUCUGUGCUGGAAGCCAGUCGGGCAUGCUGGUGAGAGACUCGAUUCCGUCGGUGGUAGUGUUGUCACUGGGAGUUUGGGAGCUGGAAGAGACGGCAAAGAUGGAUUGCUUUGGUUCCGUGAUAUUGGCAAAUACGCUUGGGGAGACUUUUCCAUGGCUGUGGUCCAGGCUAACCAAGUGCUUGAAGACCAGAGCCAGAUUGAGUCUGGGGCUUUUGGGACCUUCGUGGGUGUCUAUGAUGGCCAUGGAGGCCCAGAGGCCGCUCGAUAUGUUUGUGACAAUUUGUUUAGGAAUUUUCAAGCAAUAUCAGCUGAGGCACAGGGAGUCGUGACGACCGAGACCAUUGAAAGAGCAUUUAGCCGAACAGAGGAAGGGUUUACUGCCCUUGUUUCUGAGCUAUGGAGUAGUAGACCCAACAUGGCAACUGUUGGGUCCUGCUGUCUAGUUGGAUUAAUAUGUCAGCGAACACUCUUUGUGGCGAGCUUAGGAGAUUCCCGUGUUGUGUUGGGAAAGAAAGUGGGCAAUACUGGGGUAGUUGCUGCCAUACAAUUAUCAACAGAACACAAUGCAAAUGUUGAGGAAAUUAGGCAUGAAUUGAGGGAGUUGCAUCCAAAUGAUCCUCAAAUUGUUGUCUUAAAGCAUGGAGUUUGGAGAGUUAAAGGCAUCAUUCAGGUUUCUAGAUCUAUAGGGGAUGUAUAUAUGAAACAUGCACAGUAUAACAGGGAGCCAAUUAAUGCAAAAUUCAGGCUUCCUGAACCAAUGAACAUGCCUAUCUUGACUGCCAAUCCAACUAUACUUUCUCAUCCUCUCCAUCCAAACGAUUCUUUCCUUAUAUUUGCAUCUGAUGGUCUAUGGGAACACUUGAGUAAUGAAAAAGCUGUUGAAAUUGUCCACAAACAUCCACGUGCAGGAAGUGCCAAAAGACUUGUCAAGGCUGCUCUACAAGAAGCGGCAAGAAAACGAGAAAUGCGAUAUUCAGAUCUCCGGAAAAUUGACAAGAAAGUUCGGCGCCAUUUUCAUGACGACAUAACUGUGAUUGUUUUGUUCUUAAACCAUGACAUUAUAUCCAGAGGCGUUCCACAAGAUCAUCAACUCUCAAUUCGAAGUGCUCUUGAUCACUAAAUUUGUUUGGUUAAAUGUUCACCAAACAUUUUGGCCUGUUUGCGGAAGAGCUGCCAAGAGAGGUGGAUGCAGUGUGGAUGCAGUGCGGCGGGACCAAAUAGCCAAACUGCAUGGCCGAUGGCUAAACUUUAUUUGUGGCCCUAGACGAGAUAGAAGGAUUAGGGCCUUUCAAUUAUGUAAUAUUUUUCUAUCAGCGUAAUAUUUAUUACUUUAUGUUAACAAAUAUUUUAAUCAAGUUUUCGCUUAGUAUUUAAGUUUGACUUGAAGAUGGCCCUUAUGGCGUUUACACACAUUGAAAAGCUGUUGAUAAUUAUUAUUUUUUGUUUUAUUUUAUAAUUGUCGAUAAUUUGUUUUUGUAUGAAAUAUUGAAGAGUGUAAUGCCCGUUAUAUUAUUGAAGAGGAGAAGUUUAGAUGAA